AUGGACUAUUCCGCUAUAUCCAACGACCCAACGGGCACUUCUCCUUGGGCAUCUCCUCCACCGGACGGAACAACCUUUCCUGCAUCCAACAACAAUGACGUUCCUCCCGCUCUGCUACCCCCUCAGCAAGACUCCCCGUAUGGGUCCAGGGCCGGAGACGAUGAAGAACCCGAUCUUUCGGAACGAUUGCAGAGUGCGCAACUAGGCGAUCCGGAUUAUGCUGUUGAGCAGCCGCCAUACGCGUCCCAGAAUCCUCAGUAUGCAGCGCAGCAGCAAACACAGGCCGGGUACCAAGCGGGGGGGGGACAACAAGCCAAACAACCGGCUCCGUUGUACAAAAUCCAGGCUAGGAUCACAGGUCUAGAGAGAACUGGCAAAAAGGACCCUAUUCUUCGUUUUGAUGUUCACACAAAUGUCCCCAAAUUCCGGACCACUCAGUAUCGCGACGUCCGUCGAACCCACGCUGAAUUUGUUAGACUCGCGGAGCACUUGAUGUCCGCAAACCCGGAGGCGUUUGUUCCCGCAGUCCCCCCGCCAUUGACACCCGCUGGUGCAGGAACCGAGGAAGACGAGAUCAGAGUCAAGGGAUCUAUGCAGAAGUGGUUGAAUACCGUGCUUGGUAACGACGUCCUCAUACAGGACGAUGAGGUUGUACUGUUUGUGGAGAGUGACUUCGGAUACAGCCCGGUCGUCCGGAUGAAGCAGCCCGCAACAGGGGUCCGGAGAAAGAUGCUGAAGCAAUUCGCCCCGCCCCCAGAUGAUACCCCAGAAUUGCAAAGUGCACGACCUACUGUUAAGAUGUUUUAUCUCGGAGCUAUGGAUUCCAGCCACAAAGUUGACCGUGUAGUCAAGGGCCGACGAGGACUUGGUCUUGCAGAGUCGGACUUCGGAGUGAAAGUGGGACAAAUGCAUGUACAAGAAACGCACCCAGGUUUGGCCAACGCAUACCGGAAACUCGGAAAGGUCAUUCAGACAGUCGGAGACUUCCACGCAGUCCAGGCGACUGCAGAGGCAACCACUCUUGGGGAGCCAUUGAGUUAUCAUUCUUCUGAUGCAUUCAUCGUCAAGGAGACACUGACCAACCGUCACAUUCUGCUACGUGACUUGCUUCAGGCCCAGCAGGCGACUCGCAGCAAGCGUGCUGCGGCAGACCGUUUGAAAAUUAGCUCUUCGGUACGUCCGGACAAAGUGGACGAGGCCCUCACUGCACUCAGCGAGGCAGAAGGCAACGAAGAUUAUCUGAGCAAGAGGACACAACGAGUCACUACCAACCUGGUGGCGGAGAAGCGCCGUUGGUUUGAGCGCACAUCCAACGAUCUCUUGGCCAGUUUGCGCGAAUAUACGCUGCGCCAAAUCGAGGCCGAGCGCAGAACCUUAGCAACCUUGGAAAGUGUCCGUCCUGAUAUCCGUGCCAUUGACUCUUCCGGAGGGCUCAGCCGUCUGGGCCGUGAAGCGCAUCCGACUGCACGCAGGCCGAAUCUUGGCUCUAGUCAAGGUCCAAAGGGAGAUGCAUGGAGUGGAGUCCCCCGUCGUACCGACAGCAUGGCUCGUAGCAUGAGCGGCAGCUUCGCAUCGCCGACUUUGGAGGACGACGAGGAGGCGGAUGGAAAUGGAUCAGGAAAGGGACGGGGACGCUCCACCAGUGGGGUUGGAUCAAUCGCCGAGGAAGAUGACGAGGAUCGGCUUGAUGCCAGGAAUGCCGCCAGUCGGCUAGCUACGAGCACGUUUUAA